GGGAGGUGGCUGCGGCGGUGCGGACGGUGAGGAAGCUCAGCUUUGACAGCCUUGGGUCACUGUGCAGUGGGCGGGGCGCUGGGCCCUCGACUGUGGCACAGUGUACCCCUAGGUGGUGUACCUGUGGUAUGACAUGUGCAAAGAUUCUGCCACCUGCUUUUUGACUAUGAAGGAGACAGACCUGGAGGCUGUUGCAACAGCAGUCCAAAGGGUUGCUGGGAUGCUUCAGCGCCCAGACCAACUGGACAAAGUGGAGCAGUACCGCAGAAGGGAAGCUCGGAAGAAGGCCUCUGUGGAGGCCAGGCUAAAGGCUGCAAUCCAGUCUCAACUAGAUGGGGUACGCACAGGCCUAAGCCAGCUCCACAAUGCAUUGAAUGAUGUCAAGGAUAUCCAGCAGUCACUGGCUGAUGUCAGCAAGGACUGGAGGCAAAGCAUCAACACCAUUGAGAGUCUCAGAGAUGUAAAAGAUGCAGUGGUACAGCACAGCCAACUGGCUGCAGCUGUGGAGAACCUCAAGAACAUAUUCUCUGUGCCUGAGAUUGUGAGGGAGACCCAAGAUCUCAUCGAGCAAGGAGCCCUCCUGCAAGCCCACCGGAAGCUAAUGGAUCUGGAGUGCUCUCGGGAUGGGCUAAUGUGUGAGCAAUACCGCAUGGACAGUGGGAACAAACGGGACAUGACACUCAUUCAUGGCUACUUUGGUAGCACACAGGGACUCUCUGAUGAGCUGGCUAAGCAGCUGUGGAUGGUGCUGCAAAGAUCACUGGUCACUGUCCGCCGGGAUCCUACCUUGCUGGUCUCCGUGGUCAGAAUCAUUGAAAGGGAAGAAAAAAUUGACAGGCGGAUACUUGAUCGAAAAAAGCAAACUGGGUUUGUUCCUCCUGGAAGGCCCAAAAACUGGAAAGAAAAAAUGUUUGCCAUCUUGGACAGAACAGUGACAACUAGAAUCGAAGGUACACAGGCAGACACCAGAGAAUCUGACAAGAUGUGGCUUGUGCGCCACCUGGAGAUCAUUAGGAAGUAUGUCCUGGAUGAUCUCAUUGUUGCCAAGAACCUGAUGGUCCAGUGCUUCCCUCCUCACUAUGAGAUUUUUAAGAACCUCCUGAGCAUGUACCACCAGGCCUUGAGCACUCGGAUGCAGGACCUUGCGUCAGAGGACCUUGAGGCCAACGAGAUUGUGAGCCUCUUGACAUGGGUCCUAAAUACCUACACCAGUACAGAGAUGAUGGGGAAUGUGGAACUAGCCCCAGAAGUGGAUGUUAGUGCCCUGGAGCCUCUCCUCUCUCCAAACGUCAUCUCCGAGCUGCUUGACACAUACAUGUCAACACUCACGUCCAACAUCAUUGCCUGGCUUCGGAAAGCACUGGAAACAGACAAGAAAGACUGGAGCAAAGAGACAGAGCCAGAAGCAGACCAGGAUGGCUACUAUCAGACUACACUUCCUGCCAUUGUAUUCCAGAUGUUUGAACAGAAUCUUCAAGUUGCUGCUCAAAUAAGUGAAGAUUUGAAAACAAAGGUAUUGGUGUUGUGUCUUCAGCAAAUGAAUUCUUUCCUAAGUAGAUACAAAGAUGAAGCCCAGCUUUACAAAGAAGAGCACCUGAGAAACCGGCAACACCCACACUGUUAUGUGCAGUACAUGAUUGCCAUCAUCAAUAACUGCCAGACCUUCAAAGAAUCCAUCAUCAGUCUGAAAAGGAAGUACCUAAAAACUGAAGCAGAGGAGGGCAUGUGUCUGAGUCAGCCGAGCAUGGAUGGGAUUCUAGAUGCCAUUGCUAAGGAAGGCUGCAGCAGUCUGCUAGAGGAGGUCUUCCUGGAUUUAGAGCAACAUCUGAAUGAGCUGAUGACAAAGAAGUGGCUGUUAGGGUCAAACGCUGUGGACAUCAUCUGUGUCACUGUAGAAGACUACUUCAAUGACUUUGCCAAAAUUAAAAAGCCAUAUAAAAAGAGAAUGACAGCUGAGGCACAUAGGCGUGUGGUGGUAGAAUACCUGCGGGCUGUCAUGCAGAAGCGUAUUUCCUUUCGGAGUGCUGAAGAGCGCAAGGAGGGUGCUGAGAAGAUGGUCAGAGAGGCUGAACAGCUCCGCUUCCUGUUCCGAAAGCUGGCAUCUGGAUUUGGUGAGGAUGCAGAUGGACACUGUGAUACAAUUGUUGCAGUGGCAGAGGUCAUUAAGCUCACAGACCCUUCUCUGCUCUACCUAGAAGUCUCAACUCUUGUCAGCAAAUAUCCAGACAUCAGAGAUGACCACAUUGGUGCACUGCUAGCACUUCGAGGAGAUGCCAGCCGGGACAUGAAACAGACCAUCAUGGAGACGCUGGAGCAGGGCCCCAUGCAAGCAAGCCCCAACUAUGUACCCAUCUUCAAGGAGAUUGUUGUGCCUAGUCUGAAUGUGGCAAAGCUCCUUAAGUAGCCCUGUCCUCCCUGCUGCCCUAUGUGUCUUUACUGUAUGACUUUCCUGUUGUCACCAUAUUAAACCAAAAGUCCAUCUCUAGGUUCUUCGUAAGAUGUCAGUUACACAUUCCUAUCUUCUGUGGCAUCACACUAUUCUCUACUAUGAGAAAAAAAGAUGUGUAGUGGGCAUCACCUUUUUUUCCCUGCUAAAGUCUUGCUCUGCUUAAUUAGCACUUUGAACAUCUGCCACUUAAUUAAAGGAAAAGAAAGCCAGGAAGCUUUUCAUUCCUAGUUGUAGGUUGUUCUGACUGGUUGUGAUACAGCCAUGUCCAGAGGCUUCAGGAGGUCAUCAGAUCUCAGCUGAUGAAUAGUUGUCCUCUUGUUCCAGAGAUCCAGGGACUACCUUAAAUUAAACAAAGUUGGAGGCCCUGAUAGGGAAUGUCCACAUGGCCAUCCUUGAAUGUGUAGACUAAUGGAAUAUUUUCUUUCUACUCUUGGUGACAGUGUUAACAUUCUGAUUUUAUUUCAUUCUUACAAAGUGUAAAAAAAAAAAAAUAAUAAUCCCUUUUCUAAGUGGAACUAAGUAAAAAUUCCUCUGGGACUCAGAAGAAUGAAUUUCCUAGAGGGCCUGGCUGGUAUUGUUUCGAUCCAGGCCCGGCUUGACAGUCCACUCAAUAUGAAUGACAGCUGGGCAGUGAAAUGUACACUGAGCUACCGGUGUUGACAAAUAGCAGUGACCCUUGUGACAAAAGAUGCUUGUGUCUCCACUCAGGUUUCUCAGUGUAGGCUGCUGCUGGGCAUGUAGGGUAGACAUUAAAAUGACCACUGAAAUACCCACAUGGUUAAUCCCAUUUGGCUCUCAGGCCUUAGAGGUCAACAGAGGACAGGGGAAAUCAUAUUUGUGAACAGUGGGUAGUAGAAUCAUGGAGAAAGAAUAGGAAUUGUUAGAAGUCAAGGGAUAGUACCAAGCUAUGUACUAGUGGGUAGACAGUGUUCAGCAUGAUACAGGGAAAGCUGUGGCCAAGAACCUUUUUAGAGGGCACCUGUGUACAGGAUUAGAUAGACUAUUCCAGUGAGUGGGUUGUGGCUACAUGUACCAAAGUUUAUAGUGUAGGCUUCCUGAACAGGGAUGUGUGACUGCCAUUUGCCAGACAGGGAAGUGUUUUGAGAGAGAGCAGUGACCAGGUUAGUGAUUCCAUAAAAUGAGCUGUUAGCCAUGAAAGGGUGUCUUGCAGAUUAGCAAAGUCUCUUGACUGUCUUAGAUUCUUUUGCUGAGAUGAGUCACCAUAACCAAGGCAACUAUUAUAAAAGAAAGCAUCUAACUGGGGACUUGCUUACAAUUUCAAGGUUUAGUCCAUUAUCAUAAUGGAGAGGAGCAUAGCAUGUGCUGGAGCAACAGCUGAGAGCUGUUCUGAAGGCACAGACAGACCGACGACAGACAGACAGACUCUGGGCUUGACAUGGGCUUUUGAAACUUCGGAGCUCAUCCCUACCUCCUGAUACACUUCUCCAAUAUGGCCACCUCCUAAUCCUUUCAAACAGUUCCACUCUGGUGACUAAGCAUUGAAGUAUAUGAGCCUAUGGAGGCUAUUCUUAUUCAAACUUUAUUUAGUUGGGUCCAGGAUAAGUAGAUGUUCCAGGUCAUGCUGUUUCACCAGUGAGAUGGAGAAGCAGCUAUGAGAUUGAUGCUGUUUCAUUCCCCUUUCCUCAUAUCUGUUGAUGCACAGAUCAGGUUGAUGGGUGAGCUCCCUCUAAAGAAGGAAAGGAUGGACAUCCUAGACACUUGAGUUCAGGUUGCCAGAACCAGGCCACCUCAACAAAGUCCUUUAAUGCAGAGUUCAGGGAGAGCUGAACAAGCAGAGCCACAUUGGGUCACUUCCUUUCUUACUGCAGUGGAAUGAAUUGUGACUUCUAAAAAGAAAGAUUGAGGUCUUAACCUUAGAACCCUGAAUCAGACUUGGGUUGAAAGUAGAAUCAUUGCAGGUGUGAUGUAACUCAAGGUAUUCAGUCACAUGGAAAUAGUGUGAGUACUUGCAUGGAGACACCAGCAGCCCUUAAAACCAAGAGGAGGCCUAGAAGGACUCCUUUCCUGACUCCUGGCAUGAAGCAGACUUUGUGACUCACACAGUGUUCUUUGCUAGUUUACCAUCAUAUCUGCUUUGAGAUGACUAUAAACUUAACAGUUGAGAUUCCUCUUGUUAACAGCCAAUGUCUGGGGAUUCUGCUUUGAAAUGCAAUUUUAAGUGAUCUAAAAUUAAAAUUAAAAAUGUGUUGCAGGACCUCUAGACCUCUGCCUUGUACUGUCCUUACCCUGACCUACAGAGACCCUCCUUGGUGACCUUUGUUGCCAUUCCUUACUCAUGCACUUUGAUGUCUGUAGCACCUCAGCCACCUCCUCAGACAUGGUGGGAGCUGUUUCAACCACCCACUGCCCAUUCAUCCACAGGAAGUAUCUGAUCUGUUUUGUAGCUGAGAGAUGCUAAACUAGGGCUUUCCAUAGAUGUGUCCAACAGCUUCCCACUCCUAGUCAGGUGGCCUCAGAAACACUCUGUUUUAUCUUAAUUUUAAUGCACAAUAAAGUGCUCCUGAAGUUAUCCUGGAUAGGAUUUUUCCUUCAUAAACAAAGUAUACACCCAAAAAUAAAUGCCUUAAAGUGUUUUUAAUAGACAUAGACAAGCAGUCACUGCAGUUUUGCUGAUGAACUCCUUGUACAGAUGCUGCCCAACACAUAGGAGGGGCAUUUAAGGCACAUGAUUCUGUGAUCAAAAUUAAAGUUCAACUAUGAUUAUGUUCACAACA